AUGUCUGCUCUACUCCAUCUUCUUCUCGUCUCAACAGCUCUCUUCAACUCGUUUGCCGAGAGUGCCGGCGGUUUUAUGGAGACCGAACCAAAUCUCGCGAAAGAGGAAUGGUUUAGUCGAGUU